AUGGAUAAAAAAAAUAUUAUUGAUGUUGUGGACAUUUACAAAAAAACGGAUGAAGAAUUGUUAUCAUGGUUAACGGACAAAAAAUUAAUUAAAAAAUGUAGGUGUAAGAUACCAACAUGUAGGAGAGAGUGUGUGAUCCACAAAAGACAAUGUUCUAAUUCAAUUAAUUAUGUAUAUUUUUGCAAAAAGUGUAGAAAAACUUACUCAAAAUUUAAGGGUUCUUUUUUCGAAAACAUUAAUGUUAAUGUACGUAUGAUUAUAUUAAUCAUGUGGUACUGGGCCAUUGGUAGCCGGGUUGGAGUGACAGUGGCUGCAACGAACUUGUCUAAACCCUCAGUGAUUCAAUUGUAUAGAUAUUUUAGAGACGUUAUUUCAUGGAAGGUAUUGAGAGAUCAAGAUUUCUUGUUAGGUAAUGAUUUUUUUUAUAAUAUAAAUGAGAGAGAAAAUAAACUUUUGUUUUUAUAG